CAUUGAUGUAUGCACGCUGCGGCGGCAAGCCCAGAUCUUCUUCCUACAUGCCAUGGAUACCAUAGACGUCAUCCAUCCAUCCACUGCCUACCGACCUACAUAAAGCAGUCCUGGCUGUCUCCCUGCCCUGCACACGCUUUCCUCCCUAGCUACACGUCAGUCGUGCAGUGCAUGUGUGGGGGGCUUUGUGAGAGAGCCACAACCAGCUUCUGCACACGAAGGUGAAUCCCUUCAAAUGGGGGUGUGGGCAGGAGACAGACAGACAGACAGACGGAUGCAUGGAUGGAUCCCACACCUCUCUGUAAGAGUGUAGGGUAUCUGCACUCCCUCACUUGAAGCCAACAGCUGUUGUUUGGCGAUGAGUGCGGCAGUCCGCUUCUCGCCCUCGUGCAGCGCCUCGCGAUGCCGACGCACACGAACACAUAUCUGGUUCACACACCAACAUCCACACAGACGAAAGCAUUGUUGCCGUACACGUGUCUCUGCGCACCUCGUGUGCCAGGUCAGGCGUCAUGGGGGCGGGGCUGGUCGCUUCUUGCGGAGGCGGUUUCGGUUCAGAGGUGUGUGGGAGAUGCCCAUCGGCUAUCUCUGGGUCAGCCACAGCCACAACACCAACGUCAGGAGCAACCGGCAGCCGUGUGGCGUGUUGUGGUAGAAGUGGCGCCCCGGCGAUCAAAGACACGACGGGCGAGUCCGCCCCCUCGGCCCACACCACGUCGUCAUCAUCAGCGUCGCUCGAGCCAUCACUCGGUCGCUUCCUGUGCGGUGGGGGGUGAGAGGGCACCCCCAGCUGCUGGUGGGGGGGUUUGCGUUGGGGCGUGGGGCCAGCAAAGCUUCUGGCUGAGAAGCCGAGCAUGGAUGGGCCGACACUGGGUUUUGGGAUGGGCAUUCUGAAGCGCCUGGAUGGCGAGUGGGAGUCGGCCUCCUCUUGCAUCGCCUUGACCUGCUGCUCCAUCUCCUGAUCCAUCGGCCGGUGCAACAAACAAACCACAUGACAUGGGAGGGAGACACGAGUGGGAACAAGGAAGGCUUGCCUCACCCAGUAGGCGAUUUGGAACUUAAACCCCACCAGGCCGACGGGCAUCGAUAUCACCUGCACACACGUACGUAGAGAGAGAGAGAGAGACGUGAUGUGAGAAGGGGACGAAACAAGUGCCCGGCGUCGGUCGGUAUUGACCUCCCGACCAUGAUGCCGAAGACGGACGCUACUCCGGCUAUGCACCGACCCACGUCCGUCUGCAGGCGGCUGCCUAACCACACCAGCAAUGACACAAAGGACGACAGCACAUGUGGCACUGACAAGCUUGUCAGGGUGCCCUCCUCUACAGUUGUCUCUUGUCCAUCUGCACACACCGUAUCCGACUGUAGUGAGCGUCAGGAGUGAGAAGAACAUGGCGGAAGGAAUCGACUCGAAACCCCUGACCGGAUCAAGAAGAGCCAUGUAUCCGCCAAUGGUGGCUUGGUGGCCCCUCGGCCUUUGUCUCACUCGGUGUUGUGGCCAAACUCCGCUGUGUACAGUAGACUCGAGAAAACUAUCACGCCUACAGACAGACAGACAGACAGACAGACAGACCGACGAGAAAGGAAUGCCUGCACGGCCUCAUUGAGACUCGUCGUCUGGAUACAUACAUACAUAGUGCCAGUGAGAAGACCAUGAGGUUGAGGGGUCCGAGUGACGCCUGGAUGCUCACGAGCAUCAGCUGCAGGCCGGACGAAUAGCGCGACAGCUUCAGGACACGAAAUAUGCGGGUCAGGCGGACGGCACGCAGCACACGAAGACCCUUCAGGGAGUCACUCAGCUGCACACAAUCACACACACGCAGACAUUUCAUUUGAGAGAGGAGAGAGACGUCCAUAUGCUCAUCUGUUUUACUGACCGAGCCCAGGAUGACUUCCAAGUAAAAGGGCAGAAUGGAAAUGAGGUCAAACCAGUUCAGAUAAGCUGCACCCACACAUCGACACAAAGACAGCAAGGGCGAGGCCUCCUACCGUCUGUCUGUCCGUCUGUCUGUCUGUCUCUGCGUGUGUCUUCUGUCUGUGCUCUCCCAUACAAGCGACAAAUUCCCAGUGUGAGUUGCCGUGUGAGGUCCAGGCCCAGAUGCGCAGCACGAAUUCGAGCGUGAAAAUGACGGUAGUGCCCGCCUCCAAGCUGAACCACAACGCCGACAGGUCCUCACGAUCCUUCAACGCAGGCAACGUCUUCUGCACGGACAGCGCAAGAACACACACAAAGAGAGAGAAGAUCACCCACCUGUGUGUGUUAGUCUCUCUCUCUCUCUCUCUCUCUCUCUCUUACGAUGAUGAAGCUGGAUAUCGAGAUGAUGAUGAGUGUGAGUAUGGCCACAGCCACUAUCUGUGCCGUCUGCGAACUGUCGGGGUACUCCAGCAGCAGAUGGACCGACUUGCGGCAGCUGAAGCAGACAUAAACAACCCGUACAUGCAAGCCCACAAUCGCCACGAGUUUGCGUGUUUGCGUGCCCCUCUUACACAUCGGGGUCGCAGAGCACUGCGGCGAUUGUGGACCCCAUGCUUGGCUGUCGUGGGGCUAUGUGUACGUCUGUUUGUCGCUUCAGCAGGCGGCCGACCGUGGUCGACCUCUUCACCAAAGGCCGGCGAGCGGCCUUGCGCAUGUAGCGCUGCCCAGCUCCAAGUAUCGUCGACAUCGAAUGGCCACCGAGACGCGAGCUGGCCCCCACU